GUUCAAUGACAUUGCUGUAUUUGGUGUGAGACUUUGAGAGUUUGAGUUAAGUUAGUUUUCUUAAGUAAUAAGAGAGUCAUUCUUACUAAUUUUUUAUGUUUCAUAUGAAUGUUGACUGUUGAGAACAAUAUAAUCUUCAUAAAGAAGAAGACUUUUUGACCACUGAGCUGGUUUUAGUUUGACUCUCCAUGCUAAGUUUAAGCUUUCGUAAAUCGCGGAUUAGAAACGCAACUGCUCUACUUGAUUUAUAUUAAUCUAAACCGAUUAUAAAAAAUAAAAAUAAAAGUGCAAACCUUAAAACUAAUCGAGGAAGUGAGAGCUGUAUCACGUUCUUGAGAAAAAGACAGACAACCAAAAAAAAAAGUCAAUGCGCUCAAAAGCUUAAACAGAUCUCAAAGUUUUUCGUUUUUUUUUUCUCUGAGUAUAUGCUAUGCUUUGUGUAACUCGUUAUUAGAUAUUUAAAAUUGCUUUCGAUUUUUAGUGUUGACAACUUCAAAGAUUUUAUUACAAAGGUUUGUUUUUGUUGUUGCUGCGGUGCUGUCUUUUAAAGAAAAAAAUGGCAAACAGAGAGAUGGCUGUAUACUGUUUCGACACUUUGGUCUCUCACUACAACAAAGAAGACACACCUCCACCUGCCUUUGAAGACUCCAUACAUCCAUGUUUUGUCACCUGGAAGAAAGCAGUGAAUGGUGGUGAGCGUCGAUUUCGAUUGCGUGGAUGUGUAGGUACUCUAGAAGCACACCGCUUGAGCAGUAGCUUCAAGGAAUAUGCCUUGAACGGUGCCCUGAGGGAUCACAGGUUCCCACCAAUACAACCCGGAGAACUGCCGUCUCUGCAAUGUACUGUCUCUAUCGUGACUGAUUAUGAAACUCCAGAGGAUUAUCUUGAUUGGGAGGUGGGAAAGCAUGGUAUAGUCAUUGAGUUCAGUGACCCUGUAGCUAACAUAAAGCGAAGCGCCACAUACUUGCCUGAGGUGCCAGUUAAUGAAGGCUGGACAAAGCUAGAGGCAAUAGACUCGCUGGUGUUUAAAGCAGGGUACGACGGUGAAAUUACUGAACCGGUGCGUAGGAGAAUCCAUCUAUCACGUUACCAGACUACAUUAUUCAGGAUGCAUUAUAGUGAAUACAUAGCGUAUGUGAAGGCCACGAGAGGCAGUGUCGCCCCCAACUAUUAACGAGACCAGCAAUCACGCUAUGACCUUGUCUUGAUUUGCACUGUAAAGCUGCUGCUAAUGGGUUGCAUCUCCUCCUCACUUAUCUUUGUAUUUGUACUCUCUCUGAUUAAAAGUUCUUUUCGGUGAAACUCUCUAUUUGGCUGCUUCACAAUUGUAAUUACAACGAUGUCAUAAAAUCAAAGAAACAAACUUUGAAUAACCAU